GCCCCGCCCGACGAGAGACACGCACCGCCGGCGGCGUCCGGCCCGCCGCCCAAGAAGCGUACGCGCGCGAGGAAGUACGUGUGCGACACGUGCGGUCACCGCUGCGCUUUCCCCAAGGACCUCAGGCGCCACCAGUUCAAGCAUUUAAAGGAGACGUUCGCCUGUGGCGACUGCAGCGCCACCUACAACCGGCCGGACAAGCUAGCUGACCAUGUGCGGUUGGCGCACCGGCAACCGAGCGACCGCCUCCGCGUGCCCUGCCCCACCGACGGCUGCUCGUACGCCGGCGUCAACCGCAGCCAGCUGCAGAAACACAUGCGCGACCGUCACUCGGACGAGCGGCCCUUCAGCUGCCAAGUAUGCAGUUACUCGGCCAAACAUAUGUACCACUUGACUGUCCACCUGCGGUCACACACAGGCGACAGUCCGUACAGGUGUGAGGAGCCCCAGUGCCGCAAGUCGUUCUGCACGAGGAGCGACCUGAAGCGCCACCGGCGCUGCCACUCCGGCGAGCAGCCCUUCAAGUGCGACAUCUGCGGCUUCGCCUCCUCGUUCAGAGCGAACGUCGUGAAGCAUAUCCGGGUUCGGCACGGUUCGACGCCAGGAACGGAGGCAUUGCGCGACACCUGUCAGCCAGGCAAGGAGGCGGCGCUCCCCGGCGGCGUCGGGCCACCGCCUCAGAAGCAGCGGCGCGGCCCGGCCGCUCCAGCCGGCCGCGGCCGAAACCGCAACACAUACCGCGCCAAUCACUGGUGCCAGCUGUGCAGCGCCAGCUUCGUGCGCGAGGAGGCGUACAACGCGCACCUGAGCACGCACGGGGCCUCGGCACCCGAGUCAGCCUCCUCAUGAGGCCUCGGGGGCCGUCAGCCGCGGCGAGGCCCGGCGCCACGCGCCCUGAUGGCCCCCGCUACAGGUCUGGGAAGGCGGUGCCAGUGCGGACGCGGGCCCAGGCACAGCGAGAAUGCGUGCAAGGCUGUUAUGUGAGGGCGGUGGACACCAAAGCGCAGGUCGUCGCUUUGUGUCACCGUUUGUGAAUCCCCGCCGAGGUGUUGCGGCAAGCAGUAAUCUUUUAGGAUUGUUCAAACGAUGCGUUUAAAAUGUGGAACAGUGAUGAGCGGUCCUUGCAGGAAGCAGCGUGAGACAAAAGCGGUCUGACCCACAGCUUUGAGUGGUUUUGAUCUUCAGAGCAUGGUUGUUUAUUCUAGCAGUGCUUAGCCGGGACCGGAAAGACGAAUGUGUCAGCAGCAGCGCUUGAUCGGCGUUGUAACUAUGCCACGGAGCUGGGAUCGUUUGCGUACAUGGCUAAGUGUUAGUCAUAGCCCCGAGGACUUCGCUCUGAACGAACCCCUGACAUGACCUGUGUGUUCAUCACUGAACCUUCAAGCGGCCACAAGUAUCAAGAAUCACAAGUGUCGCUGCCGGCUGUGUCCUUGAGCUACGACGUUAGCCGUGGUUUGCCUGCCGAGCUUCCAUAUUGUGCUUUCUGUAUUUGCCGGCGCGCGACAACGGCAUGAACGCCGACAACAGGUGCCGUAUGUGAUAUUCCAGGCAUCUGACUCCGUGUGCUUUCAUUUUCGUGGUGAUGUGUGUGUGUCGGUGCCACUUAAGGGACCUGUAUGAGUAGAAUUUCUUUGACCAAAUCCUCUCGCUACGCGUGAGGUCGUGGCCUUGCCUACCCACUACCCAUUCGUAUUGAGUCGUAACCGUCCGUCACCACUCAUCGUUGUUUGAUAUGGCCUUUUGUGAUUGCGUGCCAUUGAUGCAACGUUACGCCUGACUUUGCCAUUUGUCUAUUGUGCAUGACUACCCGUAAAUUGCGAACAAUGCCAGUGCAAUUUUA